AUGUCAGACCACCAAGAAGCUGAUAUCGACUCUAUUGUUGACAGAUUGCUUGAAGUCAGAGGCUCUCGUCCAGGAAAGCAAGUUACCUUGCUCGAACACGAAAUCCGUUACCUUUGUACCAAGGCCAGAGAAAUCUUCAUCCAACAACCAAUCUUGUUGGAGUUAGAAGCACCUAUCAAGAUCUGUGGUGAUAUUCACGGUCAAUACUAUGAUUUAUUAAGAUUAUUUGAAUACGGGGGAUUUCCUCCAGAAGCAAACUACUUGUUCUUGGGAGAUUACGUUGAUAGAGGGAAGCAAUCCUUGGAAACUAUCUGCCUUUUAUUGGCUUAUAAGAUUAAAUACCCUGAAAACUUUUUCAUAUUGAGAGGUAAUCACGAGUGUGCUUCCAUUAAUAGAAUCUACGGGUUUUACGAUGAAUGUAAAAGAAGAUAUAACAUCAAAUUAUGGAAAACUUUCACUGAUUGUUUCAAUUGUUUACCGAUUGCUGCAAUUAUCGACGAAAAGAUCUUCACCAUGCAUGGUGGUUUGUCCCCAGACUUGAACUCUAUGGAACAAAUUAGAAGAGUUAUGAGACCAACCGAUAUUCCAGAUGUUGGAUUAUUAUGUGACUUGUUAUGGUCUGAUCCUGAUAAGGAUAUUACAGGGUGGUCAGAGAAUGAUAGAGGGGUGUCUUUCACAUUUGGACCGGAUGUUGUAUCGCGAUUCUUGCAGAAACACGAUAUGGAUUUGAUCUGUAGAGCCCAUCAAGUUGUUGAAGAUGGGUACGAAUUCUUCUCCAAGAGGCAAUUGGUUACAUUAUUUUCGGCACCAAACUAUUGUGGUGAAUUCGAUAACGCGGGGGCAAUGAUGAGUGUGGAUGAAAGUUUAUUAUGUUCAUUCCAGAUAUUGAAGCCUGCUGACAAGAAGCAACCUAGAUAUCCUCAACUGACCUCAGCAGGUGGUAGUAGGCCAGUUACGCCUCCAAGAAAGCCAAAGAGAGGUUCCAAAUAG